AUGAAAAACAUCAACAUGUUAGCUCUCAUCCUCUUCUUCACAUAUGCAUCCAUUCUCAUCUCCUCCUCAAAUGCCGGUGUCCAAGACUUUUGCAUUGCAGAUCUCUCAGCGCCGGUGAGCCCCUCCGGAUAUCCAUGCAAGAAUCAAUCCACAGUCACUGUUAAUGACUUUAUCUUCACAGAAUUCUUCAGAACCCGUAAGUUUUCAAGCACAAUUAAUGUUUCAGCGACCGACGCAUUUGUCGGCCAGUUCCCCGGCCUCAACGGCCUCGGUGUCUCGGCAGUGUACUCAGAGUUGCUCCCCGGAGGGACGGUUCUCGGUGGCAUUAUCUCCUCGGAGAAUAGAGUUUACUAUAAGACUUUGAGGGCUGGAGACCUAAUGGUUUUCCCUCAAGGGCUCUUGCAGUUUCACUUGAAUGCGGGGAGAACCAGAGCAAAAGUGAUUGCCACCUUCAACAGUGAAAACCCUAGGGCUCAGUUGGUUCCAAGGGCUUUGUUUAGUAAUGAUUUGUUGGCUGAGAUUGUGGCUAAGGUGAGCUUUCUUGAAGUGGCUGUGGUGGAGCGUCUCAAGGCUCUCCUUGGGGGAACAAACUAA